AUGUCUGCCAUUUUUCCACAAGAGGUCUUCGACAUCAUCAUUGACAUCCUUGGAAGCCGUCCAAAACCGCGCAACGACCCAGCAGACCGACUGGACUACUUCUUCGCGCGAAAUGCUCUGCGAAAUUUGGCGUUGGCGGGGUCGUAUGGCAUCCUGGAACGUUGUAGGAUUUACCUGCUCCCGACUCUAAAGCUGCGGACCCCAGCCAGGACAGAGGAAUUUGAAUCUUUCCAUCCGAAGCUUCUGGGUGGGAUUGAGGCUUUCGCUCGACCAGAGGCCCCAGUCGGCCUCGUCCGCAGGCUGGAGUUGGAAUUCCGGUGGGAUAGGUAUAGCAAUGGCGGCUUGUUCGACUUCCAGGCUGAGGCUGGGAAGUGUUUAAAGGCCAUGGCCAGUCUCCUACCCGAUAUCUUCGCUCUUUCCUUCCCCAAUCUCGAAUAUCUAGCCAUUAGGGGUCCAGUGGACGAUACACCGUUGGAACUCCGAGAGGCUGCAGUGGAGACCCUCUCAUCAAAGUUCUUCAAGCGAACGCCACUAAAGGAAGUCCACCUCUCGAAUCUCAACACCGACAUAUCCCUCCUCUACGACCUUCCAUCUUCCCUGACUCGCUUCGAGUUCAUCCAGGCAGACUUCAUCGAUUACGCUCCCUGGACGGACGAGAUGCCAGUACUCGCUUUGAACGCCCCCGAUAUGAUAUUGUGGCCCAAGACUUCUGUUUGCACCGCGAUCGCCUUCGAAGAAGCUUCCACGUUCAACCACCUCAGGAAAUUGAACUUCGUCAUCUCCGACAGGACGUCCCAAAUGACCCUCCCACUCGUCCUUGCAAAGGUACCAACCACGCUGGAGGAACUGUACAUCACCUAUCACCGAACAGGAUUGGGCUACGACAUCGAAAUCGUCCCCGAUUUGCCCCAGUUGACUAAACUGGGGAUCAAGUUUCCCUGGUCCCUCCUCAGGGAACGCGCCGACGAGAACAUCGCCUUCCCCACUCCUUUCACCCUAUGCACGCAAGCAAACCUCAACCAUAUUGCCUUGCACAACGUUACACACCUUGAACUCGACUACGAAUGGAGGUUCACUCUUCGCAGCUACCGCGAGUACGGCAAGACCCACGAGUUGAUUCAAGAAGCGAGAAGUCAUCUAUCAGAUAUCGACACAAUGCUCGGGGACCCGUCAAGUCCCUUCCACCGACUACGCCACGUAAAGCUCUGGCUGACCGCACGGGUUGAUUGGGAGUCGGAGGAUUGUUGGGUGAAGGAAGAGCAGGAGAGGCUGGAUUUGGAGUGCAACAGGCGCAUCACUGAGGAGGCCAAGGUGGUCUUCAGGAAGACUCUGGGGAGGAUGGAAAGUUUCGAGGUCUGGUCUCGCGGAUGGCUCGGAUCGCCCAUUUUCAACGGCGCCUUUUACUCUGACGUAGAGCAUAGAAGCGCGGUUGCGUGCCGUGAAGUGCCGUCGACUUCUCGCAAGUUCGAGAAUGUUGAAGCAUACGGUCACCCAUCAGUGUGGGGGGAUAUCACCAAUGGCUGCGUGGAGAUGUAA